AUGGCUAAGGUUACAAUGGAAGAGAUUAAAGCAGCGGUGUUUCAAAUGGGGGCCACAAAAGCACCGGGACCAGAUGGGCUAAAUGGACAAUUCUUCCAAAAACAUUGGGAGCAUGUGAACCAAGAUGUGUAUGGAAUGGUGGAAAGUUUCUUUAAUACCGGUCUUCUUGACAUGUCACUAAAUCGCACACACAUAGUAGUGAUCCCUAAAGUUAUGAACCCGGAGAGCAUCAACCAAUACAGGCCGAUCAGCUUGUGCAAUUUCAGCUAUAAGAUUAUUUCUAAAGUUAUGGUUAAUAGGCUUAAACAGUGGCUUCCCGACCUUAUUUCCCCUGAGCAAAGUGCAUUUGUCAGUGGCCGGCAAAUACAAGAUAACAUCUUAAUUGUACAGGAAGUCUUACAUCAGCUAAGAGUGCGGAAAAGGAUGGGAUUUUGUGAGAGGUGGGUGAAUCUUGUUAGACAGUGCAUAUCCACAGUCUCCUACGGAGUUAGAGUAAACGGGGAAACUCUACCAUAUUUCAAUCCUACUCGAGGCAUUCGACAAGGUGAUCCUCUUUCCCCUUACUUAUUCAUCAUUAUGGCUAACGCUCUGUCAUCGUUAAUGCACAAAGCAGUGGAGGACGGUACAAUUAAAGGAAUCAAACUCAAUAGGUGGUGCCCGACCUUAUCGCACCUACUUUUUGCAGACGAUGCUAUCUUUUUCCUUGACGGGUCAACUCAAGAAUGUCAAAAUGUGGCAAAUAUCAUGAAUCAAUAUUGCCAGGCUUCGGGACAAGCGGUUAACCUGAAUAAAUCAGGAAUCUUCUUUAGCAAAGGAUGUCCACAGCAGGUGAAAAAUAGACUAGCCGAGGAGCUUAGAGUGCCGAUAAUUGAAAAAAUGGGGAAAUACUUGGGCAUUCCAUCGGACUGGGGCCAAUCAAAGAAAGAAAUGUUUGCAUGGGUGCUUGCAAGGGUGCAUUCCAAGCUAGAAGGAUGGAACGCAAGGCUAAUGUCGAAAGCUGGCAAAGAAAUCCUCAUUAAAACAGUAGUCCAGGCGCUCCCUCAAUAUGCGAUGUCAAUUUUUAAAAUCCCGAUCUCCGUUUGCAAGGCCAUAGAGAGAAGAAUUGCUGCAUUUUGGUGGAAGCAAAAAGCUGACACAGAAGGGAUUCACUGGAAAAGUUGGGAAACUUUGAAGAAAAGAAAAGACUUGGGAGGACUGGGGUUCAGGGACCUUAUCACUUUGAACAAAGCCAUUUUGGGGAAACAAGCCUGGAGACUGGUGCAUGAACCUGAAGCUUUAUGGAGCCAAGUUUUGAAAGGCCUCUAUUACCCACAAGGACAGUUUUGGCAUGCAAAAAAAGGCCAUCGACCAUCGUGGGGUUGGCAAAGUCUGAUUGUGGGAAGAGAAGCUAUAGAAAAGGAUGCCAGAUGGAGAGUCGGGGAUGGUAGGAAAAUUAAAACUAGAGAGGAUGUAUGGCUCCCUAUAGGGAAGAUUGGAGGUCCAGCAAGGCAGAAUGAACCACAACAGGUGGCUGACCUUAUCAACCAGGAAACCCACGAAUGGAAAGAACAAGCAUUGAAAGAAAUCUUUCAAGAGGAAGUGGUGAAUCAGAUAUUGCUAAUCCCUAUCAGCACAACUCCAGUAGAGGAUAAAUUGAUAUGGACAGGCACCAAAUCAGGAGAUUAUACAGUCAAAGGGGGCUACAACCGCAUCCGAAUGACAGAUAGCAUGCAAGAUAAUAACAACCUGGCCUCAUCAUCAUACCAGCCACCUAGAAACCUAUGGACUUCAAUUUGGCAGCUACCAGUUUACCCAAAGAUACGUUUCUUCCUAUGGAGCUUAUGUCAAAAUGCUCUCCCAACUCGAGAAAACCUCUAUAAACGCAAGUGCGUACCUGACCCUCUUUGUCCCAUCUGUCGCAACCAUCCUGAAACCACAGAGCACCUAUUCCUGCUAUGUAAAUGGACAACCCAAGUUUGGUCAGAUUACAGAAUAUGCAUCAACAUACAGCCGGCCCAAAUUACUCGUACCGAAGCAUGGCUAGCAACGUACCUCGCAAUUGGUCUGAACAGUGAAACGUCCUCCCCACUGGCACGCAUAGCGGACUGCUUAUGGCAGAUCUGGAAAGGGCGAAACGCCCUGAUUUUUCGCAAGCGGAAGCCGAACCCAUGGCUGGUGGUAGAGGAAGCCAUUAAUACCGGGAAUAGCUACACAAAGUUCGCCAUCAUCAAAGAGAAAACACGAGGGCAGAAACUGAAGGAAGCCCCCGAAUUUUGGAAGCCGCCGGAGAAGGGGAGCCGUAAAUGGAACGUAGACGCGGCCUGGAGCGCCGAUUCGGGGAACGGAUCUGUUGCGGGACUAUGCCGAGAUCACGAAGGGAGGAUGAUCGACGGGUUCGCCAAGGGUAUCUUGGCACCGAACUCCUCCGCAGCCGAAACCCUAGCCAUUCGAGAGUGCCUGCAACACGAGCUCAAGAAGGCGAAGCACAGAGACGUCCACAAACUAAAGGAGGGGAAGUACAAAGAAGUCCACGAACUUGGAAGUACAACAGUGGAGUUCAACUCUGACUGUUCCAUAUUGCCUGGCUCGGUUUUCAAUGCCGCGAACGCGAUGCAGUGCCCCGUGUGCCAGGCGGUGGAGGAAGGAGUCUGGAGGAGCUUCCUGACCAGAGCUCCUCGGAGCAGCUUCCUGACCAGAGCUCCUCGGAGCAGCAGAGCGGGUCCCCAUGUGGCCCAGGAAGAUGUGCAGGAGCCCCCUGUCCCAAUGGUUCGCAAGGUAUCGCUAUGGCUUUCUUCGUUCUGGUCUGGAUCAUUAGGAGAGGUCAGUGGAAAGAGACUCUUUGAUAAGGGAGGACAGUUGAUGGUGGAUGAGAUCUUAUGGAGCAUGCGGAAUGAGAUUAAAGAAGUCUACUAA